AUGUCGUAUUUAUGGGCUGUCAAUAGUUUGGGAAAAGUAUAUAUACUUUCAACUGCUGAACAACGGUGGACAGAGCUUGAAACAAAUGGUAUAGAUUUUAAGCGUGUUUCGUCUAAUGACUUUUUUACAUGGGCUAUUGGAGGUGACCAUCAGAUUUAUAUUUAUGUACCUACGAGAGACAUUCCCAUUCGAUACAGGGUUGUGACCUAUGAAAAUGAGAGAUGGAAUCCUAUUCAUGGUUUCUCAGACUCCUUAUUACCGACUGAUCGCCCACAUUGGAGUAGUGCUGAUGGAUUGAUAUCCCUCCCAAAAGAUAAUUUCAGUUUGCCGUCUAAAGGAUGGGAAUGGGAAGAAGAGUGGUAUAUAGAAGAUAAUUUGAAAGGACAACCAUUGGAACCUGAGGGUUGGACUUAUGCAGUUGAUUUUCCUGCUAAAUAUGGACCAAACAAAAUUUGGAACUCUUGUGUUAGACGACGAAAAUGGGUUAGAUAUCGAAGGUUUUGUGCAACAAAUAAAUGGUCUAUGAUUCCCAGCAUACAUGAAGAUCCUGUGCUGGAACCAUUCAUUGAUGUUGCUAUUGGUGGCACUGAGAUUCCUGGAGGGGAAGCUGAAAAUUUUAGUGUCUGGGCAGUCACCAUAAUGGGCAGAAUAGCAUUUCGAUAUGGGGUGACACAAAAUUCCCCUGAAGGAUCUGGCUGGGUUCCAAUUAAUACCCCUGAAAAGUGUGAAAUUAGUCAGGUGUCUGUUGGUCCCACCGGUUUAAUUUGGACUACAACUUGGGAUGGAAGUGCUUUAGUUCGUGCAGGAGUUACAAGAGAGAAUAUUAUGGGCAGUGAUUGGAUUGUAGUGGAGCCUCCUAGUGCUGAAGAGGGGCUUAUUCAAGUUUCCGUAGGAAAAAUGGCAGUGUGGGCUAUAAGUAAAUCAAACAAGGUGUGGUUUCGCAAAGGUGUUGACGGUUUACAUUCAGGUGAAAAUGUGAAAGAUGCCACUGGUAGUGGAUGGAUUGAAAUGUUUGGAAACUUAGGAAACAUUAGCGUGGCCCUAAAUGAUCAAGUUUUUAGUAUUAGCAUGGAUUAUCAGAAUAUUAAUAUUAGAACUGGCAUUGAUACAUAUGAAACAUGUGGUCGGACUUGGAAGACUAUCACAGCACCACUGAAUUUAUUGCACCACGGUUCAAGUUUAUCCAGCUUGAACUCAAUGUCGACUACUUCCCAGCAAGACUACUCCUCUACGGCAGACUCGGUUUCUCUGGACGGCCGAACACAAAGCUUCCGUAAGAUAAGCGGUGAAGUUGUCCCAGCUUUCAUCUCAAAUCAAAGUGAUCAAAAUGUACCGAUUUCCUGUGACAACAUUGCAGUUGAAUGUGACAAAAAUGAGUGUGGUAACCUUGAAGGAAUCAACUUGGCAAUAAGUGAAAAUUCAGUGGACAGUGAUAGAAGAUUUUCUCAUUCUGAACUCGAUAGCUCAUUCAUGAGUUUGGACAUACCAAGCCUUGCAUGGCAACCACAGAUGGAACCCAUAGUGACUCAAACUGCUACUGAAGUGCAAUGGACGUGGGUUAGUGCCAGUGGAUGCUCUGUGGAUUCUGGUUGCUUACCUAAUUGGUUUUCUGAAGGUGAUUCAACCAAUAAAAGUGCUGUUGAUGAACCUUGGUAUGAAGAAGUAGUUUCAAAACUCAAAGCAAGGUACAAUAAAGAAAUGGAACGUUAUUCUGAGUGGCCAAAAGCAAUUGAGAAAACAUUUUGGAUAAAGACAGCAACUUGUCGCUGGUUUAAGAGCAGCUGGAUGAAAUGUCUCAUUGAAUUACUUCAGUAUGAUAAUGGUAGUAGAAAAAGUACUUUGUCUAUACACUACUUAAAAGAAAUGGUUGUGAUUCAAGUCAGCAAUAUUACUUGUGUUGCAUCGCUCCCUGACUGGAACAAAAACAUUUUGGCUGUUCAUACAGCAAGCAGAACAUCCAAAGGAACUCCAUAUAAAUUUUCUUUUUCAUCACAUGAUGACUUGGAAGAUUGGUUUGCUACUUUAAAUAUGUCAAUCCGAAACGUGAAUCAAAUAUCUCGAGUACCUGUAAACAGAUCUAUAUGGUCAACAACAGUUAAUGGUGAUGUCUAUGUUCAUACAGCAUCAUCUGCCACAGAAGUUGAACCACCUGUAAAUAUGAAAUGGACUUUGCUGGGCGGUGGUCAUUUAAGGACUGUCGAAACGUGCCCUCGUGGAAUUACAUGGGGCUUGGGUUACAAUUGUACAGCAUAUGUAUACACAAAAGGAUAUGGUGGAGGACCAUAUCAUGGUAUACCAGGUUGCAAUUCUGCUAUUGGACCUAUGUCAGAUGUAAGAUGUUUAUAUAUCUAUGAAAACCAAAGAUGGAAUCCAUUAUCUGGAUUUACAGCAAAAGGUUUACCCACAGAUCGUUACAUGUGGAGUGAUGUCACUGGAAGAGUUGAAUGCACCAAAGAAAAUACCCAUCUUCCUUCUGGACAUUGGCAAUGGAUUUCUGAUUGGUGUAUUGAUUACAAAGCACCUGGUGGAGUUGAUAGUGAAGGCUGGCAAUAUGCAACUGAUUUUCCUAGAUCUUAUCAUGGAUACAAGCGCUUUACAGAUUAUGUAAGAAGGCGCCGUUGGUACAGGAAGUGCAGAUUAUCAACAAGUGGUCCUUGGGCAAAAUUAGGAAAUACUCCUCUUAUAGAUAUGUCUUUGCAAAUGGACUCUGGUUCAAAUGAAUAUGUGGCUGUCUGGGCAGUUGCUGUAAAUGGUGAUGUUCUUUUUAGAAAAGGUGUUUCAGAAGAAUAUCCAAAAGGUCUGACAUGGAGCCAUAUUGCGUCUGAGAAACCCUUUUGCUCUAUUUCUGUCGGAGGAGAUGGGGCAAUUUGGGCAAUUGCAGAGGAUGGUUCUGCUCAGCUUAGACAUGGUGUAAGUUCAAGCACACCAGAAGGUCAAUAUUGGUGUCAUGUAGAACCGCCCCUAGAAAAUUGUCGCCUGCGUCAGAUUUCAUGUGGUAAAACACUUGUCCUUGCAGUUGAUGAAAAUAAUAAAUUAUGGUCAAGACAAGAAAUAGUUCCUAUUUUCAUGGAAGGUACUCACUGGAAGUUAAUUUCUGAAAACGUGAAACAAGUUUCUGUUAGUGCGACAGAUCAGAUUUGGUGUGUUAGAACCAGUUUCGUUACCCCAUCUGGGGAUCUCAGUGGUGUCGUUUGCCGUCGUUCAGGAAUUGAUGAAGAAAAUCCUUAUGGAACAGAUUGGGAACAAGGCAUUGGGGGCUUUUGGCAUCACAUAUCUGCAAGAGGACUGAAAAGUGAAGAUCAAAUAUAAAUUAUUUUUUUCCUAUGGAGGAAUAUAAAAAUAUUGACUAAAUUUAGCUCUAUCAAAAUAUAUAUAUGUAUAUAUACACGAUUGGAAAAUUAUAUCUAUUGUUGUGAUUUUAGUGAAUCUAAUUAUGAGGCUGUUGUUGUUUCAGAAUGAGUACGUAUAAUUUAGAAGGAAUAUUUCUAAUUAGUAUCUACUGAAGCAAGAGAAAGAAUUCUAUUCAUAAGUUUCGAUAUAUUACCUCACUAUCGUACCCAAUUUUUUUCACGCCAAAGAUUAACAACUGAUGCGUUUCAGACUAGCUGAUAUUAUAUUGACAGAAUAAAACAAAUGUUGUCCCCAAAAAAUUUGCUGAUCAGGCCAAAACCUCUAUCAAAUCAAGCAGAGGCUACUUGAGAGACAAUUAUGCAAUUGUAGAAAAUUGAUAUUGGUAUACAGGAAAGUAGGUUUGUUUUGUCUUCACUGGAAUGUCUUGUUAACUCAGUAUUACUAUUCUUCAAUAGAUUCUGUCUGAAAGACUUAGUGUUUUAAGUAAGUUAAAAAUCUUUCGAGUUUGGUGCCUACCAGCCUUUUAUAUUUCUAACUAUUUAUGAUCAGUUUUAUUUGCUGUGAUUACAAUUUAAGUCUUAAUGUGUUAGUCUUUAAAAACCAUAAGGUUAAUUUUAUUGAAAUUUUGUCAUAAUGAACAUAGAUUUGUGACUUUUUAUUCAGUUUUAAUUACUAAUCACUUUCAAGCGACGGCCAUUCCUCUCAAUGCCUGAUGAUGAACAAGAAAUGUUUUUUUUAAAAGAGCUUCUUCUGUGUAUAUAAAUUUGUGUGUGUGUGUGUGUAAAAGAUUUCAAUAUCUCAAUUUUCAUCACAAAUAUUUCUUAAAAAUUGCAAUUUUUUGUCCGUUUGUGUAAAAUUUUCAUGAUAUCAAAUUUCAAAAAAAAAUUGAAAUUCAUCGAUUAAAAUAAAAUUUUAUAAAACAAAUCUCUAUUAAUGUUUUACACUUCAUUGCUUUAUGUUUUCAUGCGAUUUCUCUAUGUAUUUGUAAAUAAUGUGGAAUGUAUUUUGAUACUUAUAUUUUAUGAGAUAUACAACUUAUUGGAGCUUAUGAUUUUGUUUUGUUUGUUAUGUUUGAAGAACCUCAUGGAAACUAAAAACAUGCUUAGUGUCAUGUUAAAGAAAAACCGUUCAUCAUUUAGAUUAUGGUGCGAUUCUUAAAUUAUAAGCAUGAAAUAUUCUGUGACAAUAUUCUUUUCAUGGAUAUUUAAAUAAUUUUAUUUGUAAAAGACGAAAUUUUUUUAAUCUGAACCAUUUAACAUACAAGUCUGUCGAAAAUAAGUGUUCAAGUAAGCAAGACGCAAGGAAAUUCCUUGUCCUUAUGCAAUAAUAGCACUAUAAUCGCAUUAAUCCAAGGUCUUGCAAUCGAAAAAUUUUAUAUUUCAAUCUAAUGAACAUUAUGCAACUUUUAAUUUAAAUGCUGUAAGAUUAAUUAGAAGCAUUAAAUUCCAUGUGAAAGAAAUAUUUAUAUUUUGUAAAUUUUCUUAUUUGGAAUAAAAUUCAGGGCUGCCGAGUCGAAGUCGACUGAUUUUGGGGUACGGGAGUAAUAAUUGGGAGUCGAAGGUUUUAAGUUCCAAGAUUCAGAGUGUCAUUUUUCCGCAACUCUGCCAGCGCAUGCGAAAUUUGAGUUAGAGCGACUGUUUUUGCGAUACAGGAGUCUGAGUCUAUUUUCCCUUUGACUCCACAGCCUCGAUAAAAUUAACCUCUAUGUGCAACUGUUUUCACUUAAUUCUUCCCUGUUUUCUGAACUUUGGACUAACAGGGUUUUAUGCACCCUAUUUAUUGUCGUAUAUUUAAAUAUGUAGCUGCAUGCAUGCAUUUCCUUUAAAGGUAUCACUAUUUAUAGUUAAUUCUGACUACAAAUGUAAUUUGUAUAUAACCGAAGAGUUAAGUUAUAAAUUAUUGAUAAUGAAAUUUUUGAUUAAAAAAUCCUACUGUUUUAGACUUUACCACUUUCUUAGUGAAUUAAAAUUUAAAAAGGUAUUGAUUGAAAGGUGGUAAAACAUUAAAUUUUCUUUGUUACAGAUGUGGAUAAAUGAAGCAAAUAAAUAACACUUUCAUCAUGGGUGCCUAUAAGGAGAGGCAGAGGGGGAAUCAAGCCUCCCUUUAGACAUUAGCACUACUAAUUUUUUAAAUAAACUGAGCAUAAAUAUCAAAACAUUUCAACAUAACUCAUUAAUGAAUGACUUAUUAAAAAUUUGCUUUAUAAUUUUAAUAAUUUGCUUUGUGAGCUAUUACAACAUAUUUUAGAUGAGAUGCCUUCUAAAGGAAAUGAAAUUACGAAUACCAUAACCUUGGGAUUGAAAGCAUCAAGUCCCCCACUCUAAAUCUAAUUCUUGUAAAACAUGUCUAACAUCAUGAUAAGGACAGCAGUAUUUAAAAUACCUUUUAAAAUCAGGAUAACAUUCUACAAAAAUACUCAUAAGGAGGCUAGCAGCUCUACAAAAUACUUAUCGAAAGAGGACUCGUGGAAAAACGAACUAUGGUGAAAGAGUAAAAACUGCUCUAUAUCUUCUGAUACUACCUUUUCCGCUUUUGAUUAAGAGUGACUGAAGGAUAAUUACAUUUUCCCUUCGAAAUCCCCCCCCCCCCUUAUUCAGUUACAUGGCAAAAACCAUGGUUGAGAAGUAGGAUGAACAAAUUAUAUACUUUUUUUAUUAAGAUCACGAAACAAAAUUUUCUCUGCUCCCUUCUGAAAUUAUUGCAUUGGGUGCUUAUGUUUUAACAAUCAAGUGAUGCAAGUCAUAACUGUUGGACAAAUUUUUUGUAAAAUGUUUUUAAAAAGAUAUCUAUAUCAUAUAUUUUCCUUGUUCGUAAACUUGCAUGACAGUAUGUUUUAGGUUCCACAUGACCCUGGCCAGCAGUCUUUGUCAAAUGUAUAUCUGUGAUACUGAACAUACCUUGACUUGUUGAACUAAGAAAUAAAUGCAAA